AUGGAGGGCGAACGAGGAGUCUCAAAAAAAAGAAAAAUACUGUUUGUCUUUGCAGGGAUAGGAGGAAUAGCUUUGUUGUGCGGGGCUUUUCUUUUUAAAGGAUACAGCAAGAAAAAAGGCCAACAGGCGCCAACGUCCAAUAUGCUUCCAAUACUAGACAGCUCGAUUUUUGAAUCGUUUAAAACAAAAAUGGACGGUGAAAUUUCAGAUUCCUUGAAGUACACUAAGCCAAGCAUAGCAGAUAUGAAGAAAGAAAUCAAAAGAGUACACGAUGCGCUUCAGUCUAAGAACAUGUGGGAGUUUAUUGUUUCUCUCCGAAAAGGAGCCAGAGCCAAGAUGGAGCUUCUUACCGAGAUUUAUAACAACCCCAAGGACUACAAGUAUUUCAGAAACACAGACACGCUGUAUCGCGAGACAAUUAGGCAAAUGAUGGCGUUCAUUGAGAGGCAGUGGCCGGAGGUGUGUUAUUCGGACAAGCCAGAAAAAUUCACCCUGGGGUACAGCCACAUAAACUAUCCUAUAUCGGCAGCGGACAUUUUUUUGAAGCAGCCUCAAUACGAAAGGCUUUUGGACGACACAGAGAAACUCAACAUAAAAAUUCAAGGCCGCUCCCAGGAGCACAAUUUUCUUUGCACGGCCGUAGAAAUGCUCAUGAGCAUUCCAGAGGUGUUCUUGGACCUCAUCCGAAUAGACGAUGAGUUUUUAUUCGUUCUAAGAAAAAACUGGAUUAAGCGCUUGGGAAAUUUCAAGCUUUCUAUCUUCCUAGACCACUGCCUAAAAAGAAACCACAUAAAGCCAGAGGUAAAGAUUCAGAAGGACGAAAAUUUCCUUGUCUACAUGGUGGAGAGCAUGGCAAGGCUAGCAAAGUACCAUAUUGAGCUCAAGGCCGAUGGAAGCGACACGGCUGCGCUUUUAAGCGAAAUGGAGAAAACUGUGGAGGAGCUGCACGAAAGCCUAGUCAAGUUUAUAGAAAUACACUACCUAGGCCCGCUGAGCACUACCAUUGUCUAUAAAACGCUUUUCAGCGUUUUGACAGUUUUCUACGAGGCAUGCCCAUACGUGUACAAGGAAAAGGAAAUAGAGGGGAAGAAGGUGGUGCUGCCCAGAAGAUUCUUAAAGAGCGUGUUUUCUAUAGAUGGACUGGAAAACACCCUGGAAUACAUUGGUGAGCCCGAGUGCAGCUUGAUAACUAACGACCAGAUGACGCUGAAUGCAUCCAACAAGGAUUUCCAACUUGUAUAUUAUGUCGACAACCAAGACCAGAUGCAGAAACCCGUUCUAAUUCCUAUGUAUGGAUAUUCUAUAGAAGCCUCCGAAAUAGCAAAGUAUAUUUCUGCACUCUAUAGAAAGCUCCCCGAGAAAAUACAUCUUCUUGGAUACAGCCCCACCUCUUGCAAAUGGACAUAUAGAGACCCUCACUCAGUGAUGUUUACAGGAACAAACAGCUCCAACAUUGGAGAGAUUCUUGUCUUCUACUACAUCGCGGAGAGCCAUCCAAAGGAUGAAGAGCAGAUCAAGAAGGAGGCAAAAAUGACUCCAGAAGAGAAAAAGAAGAUGGAGGAGGAGAAAAAGAAGAAAAUCGAGGCUACGGGCAUAGAGGAGCCAGAGCACCUGGAUCUUCAGUUCACAGAGCUUUCGCAGGAAGGAUCUGAAACCAGCCGCCCUGGAAUGGUGAACUUCCCUCUAUUUUUGAACAAGCUGUUUGUCUCUAUGCUAGACUCUGCCAAAUAUGAGUUUAAUCCUAGGUAUGCACAGGACUCUGUGUACACACUAAAGCGGUUCGGCGAUGUUAAUAACAUCGCCCCAUGCUUGUUUGUGUGCAACUCCGAGAGCUCUUUUGCAUACAGCAAUCUCUGCUUUGACCCCACUGCAAACAGCCCCGAGAAUGGGGGCCGGUUUAUGCUGAUCUCUAAUGUGAUAAAAACCCAAAUGGCUGGAACGCGCGCAAAUCCACAAUACGCCACGAUGAUAACGUACUACACGCCGGACUUUGAAGUGGGGCAGUACUACAACCUCUAUCCAGAGAACUUGAAGGCCAUCGGCCUCAGCAUCUCCAACCUAUUUGAUCCGUUGAGCAAAAAGGCGGGCACCGAAUUCUUUAAAGACUAUGCAAUAAAGUCCGCGAUAGUUUCCUCCCCAAGUGGCGCCCGCGGGGCCUGCUUGAUUUCAAACUCCGCCAGCGACCCUUCAUCUCGCAACGUCAAGGUCCUUUGUACAGACGAGCAAGCGGCCAGCGAGCUGGAGACUAAACUGAGCCAGGACGUGCUGACAGAGGAAGUAAAUACUUGGGAGCUAGAGCUUGCUAUUCUCCACCCAGUAAGGAGCACGGUGCCAGGCUUUUUGGGACUACGAAAAUACGCAGUGAAAGAAAUGUGUCUAGACGAGUGA